GUCGCCUGGGUUCGGGUCGACACCCAGACCAUAUUAUCCAUUCAUCACAACGUGAUAACACAGAACCCUCGGAUCAGCCUGACAUACAACGAUCACCGGUCCUGGUAUCUGCACAUCCGGGACGUGGAGGAGAGCGACCGAGGUUGGUACAUGUGCCAGGUCAACACCGACCCGAUGCGGUCACGGAAGGGUUACCUGCAGGUUGUCGUGCCACCCUCGAUUGUGGAAUCGCUGACGAGUAACGACAUGGUCGUCCGGGAGGGAACCAACGUGACGUUGACGUGUAAGGCGAAGGGAUUCCCGGAACCGUACGUGAUGUGGCGCCGGGAGGACGGAGACGAGAUGGCCAUCGGAGGCGAGAACGUGAACGUGGUAGACGGGGAGGUGCUUCACAUAACACGAGUCAGCCGACUUCACAUGGCAGCAUACCUGUGCGUGGCGUCCAACGGGGUCCCACCUUCCAUUAGCAAGCGGGUGCAGCUGCGGGUUCAGUUUCCUCCAAUGCUGUCCAUCCCGAGCCAGCUGGAAGGUGCCUACCUCGGUCAGGACGUAAUCCUCGAGUGCCACACGGAGGCAUAUCCGGCCUCCAUAAAUUACUGGACGACGGAGCGGGGUGAUAUGAUAAUUUCCGAUACAUCCCGGACGGGCGAUAAGUUCGAAACCCUGUCCCGAAACACCGGCUACACCAAGUAUAUGCAGCUGAAAAUUCGCGCCGUGGGCCCAUCGGACUUUGGCUCCUACCGAUGUGUGGCGAAAAACUCACUGGGCGAAACGGAUGGGCUGAUUAAGCUGGACGAAAUACCGGCGCCCACGACAAUACUGACAACCGAAUCGCACUACAACAAUCGAUCGAAAGGUCGGAAAGCAAACAAAAAACUGGAUCCUCUAAUGGUUGGAGACUACGGCGUCGAGGAAUGGAAAGAGAACGGCCACUCGAUACGACAUCCCCCGGGGGCAUUUCACAACGCGGCAGGAAGCAGUCAACGGUUCACGCCACUUUCCAGCCGAUCGAGCACAGCGUUGUUGCUUCUACUGUUGCCAAUUCUGCUGCUCUGCUCAUCGAUGACGUUACGACAGCCCUGCGCCCGAAUCAACAGAUGAAACUGAGAAAGUCCAUCGCCAGCCACCAUCAGAAGAUCCCUCGUGCAAAAUCGAAGCCAUCAUCAUAUCAGCAGCCUAUGUUUCGAGGAAUCAUCAUUAGCGUCAGUGGGCUAUUCUCGAAGACCCCUCGAGACCCCCGAGGGCCUCCCAGCUGGGCCAACGUAACGUAUAAAUAGAAUACAAACACAUCAGGCUUCUUAUGCGAGAGGUGAGUUUCGUUGGCCCAAGUGAGACACAUUGUUUGUAUACAAUCCUAGCAUUAAGCGGAAGAGGCCCAGUGUAGAUUGGGCUUUAGGACAAUUUCUAUACAAAAGCAUAGAGCAAAUGCCGAGUGACAAAGAGAAAAUAAGCGCAUCGUAGUUAUAUACAAGUAGGCUAGCUGAAAGCUAGGUAAUGAAUAUGUUAAGGUAGAUUGUUUGUAGCGAUACAAUGUAAAGUGAAAUCAAGAAUGGUGGAAUCUAGCGGUUACACUAGGCAACAAUUCAAAGCUUUUUUACGCACUUCGAUCAUUUGCAAUGUAUUCAAUAGUUAUCAGACCACUGUUGUCAAAUCUGUUCUCUCAAUUUUCGAAACAAGAACAGUUAUUUUUCAUUCUCAUAUUCUUAUCUCUUCAUUAAAUACCUUUUUGGCUCCGCAACAAUUAAACACCUCAGAUACCGAAAUCCAUAAAUUCAUAAUGUGUUUAAUAGAUUGGCUCGAACACAUAUUUUAAAUUUUUAUUGCGUACAUUUUUCGAGAAAGAGUGAUUUUUUUAAUUCAAAUUAAAAAUAGUUGUCAAACAAAAACGUUAAAUUUCCAUAAAGAUAUAAAAAAAUGUGAUUAAAAAAAACAGAACAACAAAAAGAACAACGAGCCAAAACCUAUUGAAGUCAUUGCAAGUGGUCAAUGUGUGUGAACCAUAAUAUUGCCUAGUGUCAUCGGAACUGUUUGCUGUAAAUAAACCUAGAGAGAAGCUUAAAGUUGCUUUUACCCCGAACCCAGAAACUAUCGCGAAACGACAAAUAACGACGAUUCCCUGCCGGAAGAGCUAAUUCCUCCUGAGAAACGACUCAUCACAAAUUGCCGGCCAAAUGGCAACGUGAUAAUUGGUUAAUUUAACUCGCCAGGGGGAGACGGCAGAUAUGUAGUUGAAAUUCAUAGCAACGGACCCUCAUCGUCCCCUUAAUGAGACUUCCAAUUGCCUCGGCGAAUGAGCAAUUCAAAUGUGUCCGGGUUCGAUGUUAGCGAUGCAACGUAUUAUCGAUCGUCGGCUUGGGGAAGCGCAUAUGUAGACACCAUUACCACAGACGCACAGACGUAGCACUGACGAUCAUUUCGAAUUCGCUUUGUUUGUCACUUCACAAACAGAGGCGCGCACAUCACUUUUCUUCGUGUUUGACGUUUCGUGCUACCACCAUCUGCAGGUCAGGUUGCAUAAAACAGCGGUUUUGACAUGAUUUGCUCCAAGAACUACGUCUGUUCGUCAGUGCCAAUACGCUAAACACAUUGCGAUGAACACACGAUGAUGAUGAUGACAACUUUGUUGAAGCAUUUGCUCGAUUAGAAAUUGAAAUGAGACCCGUCUAGUGAACUAUAGCAAAUUGGAAGGUGUGGCGGCCAUGAACUUGAAAUUGAGCACUUAAAAUUGUUGCAGCCGUUUGUAGCGAGUCAUGGCUUAAAUUCUAAUUAAACCAGAGGAUUGCUCUAUUCAACAGUUUCGAUUUGGGGA